AUUCUCAUUCGCACCUCCUUCCAUCUCUUUCUCUUGCGAGAACAUACCUCAUUCUCCACGCGUCAUACCAGUCAAACCAUCGUCACGUUCAUCAUGAACACCAAUACUCAUCCUCCAAACGCCACCUUCUUCCAAUAUAUUGAUGUGGCGGCCGGUGGCCAACCUCCCUACGCGUUCUCGACGCGUCAAUGGGACGACCUUGAGCGCAGUGCUGUCCGCUCCUCCGAGUCAAUGUCUGACAUGUUCGAUCAAAAGAAUGCUCAAAGACAAAAGUUUACCAAACGCCCCACGCCGCCUCCCGCGUAUCCACUUCCUGAGCCCCUCCCUAUUGUCGCUCCCAAACCCAUGCAUCCAAAUGCAAUCAGUCCCCCUCUGCUCACAUUGCAGUGGGAACUGACCGGCAACGAGUUCUAUACGCCCCCGCCCUCGUACAAUCAAUUUUCGCCACAUGGAUGGGCGAAGGAGACGGGAUACCUGGCAAUCGCCUCCGAGAAGAACCAUAUUAUCGAGGUCCGAAAACGCGCCCCUCAGCCCCCUAUCGGCACAGGUCGACCACGGCCAUCCAACAUACGCCGCAGAUUGGCCACCACGGCAACCUCACGUUCAACCUCUCGCUCACGAUGGGUCAGCAAUGAGAGGGCCAUGGCUUUACUGGCCAUUCUUAAUGGUCGUCAUGGUCCCGUGGCCGUCCACAAACCGUCGAAUCAGUGGGCGCUUGAUGAACAACGUUCGCCGUAUUCCUCGUACGAUGGUCCCAAUACGAACUCGGUCUCAGUCUCAUCAUUGCAUGCCUAUAACCAAAGUGGUCACCAUCAGUCUUUCCCAAUCCCUGCAUUUGAACCGCAGGUCCCAAAGCCUAAACCCAUAUCAGCUCCAAGGUUUGUACCUCCUCAGAGCCAUGGGGUUCAGGCAUUAAGGCCUGCGGACCAAAUGCGAGCUGGGCGAGAUUCGUGGAAAUCAGGUACCAAUGAGAAGCACAAUGAAGUCAUGCGGAGUAUGCACCCCGUCAACAACCUACCGGAUGAUCUGUCGCGAGAUCGGCCCAUCAUUGUCCAUGACACCCCUCAACCUGUUCAGCACAGGAAGAGGUCCCGUCCUCUCCCGCGCCCUCCAAUCCAGGCAGAGAUCUCGCCGUUCAUUAUGGGUUUCUCAGCCUUGAGAGUGUAGGCCAUUGGGAUGCGUAGGUAAAGAGCAGGAAGGAGCGGCAGGGGGGAACAUUGAAGACUUCCCUAGGAGUCUUUAUACCUGAUGAUAUGGACCAUGAUUUUGUAUAAUACUCACCUUUUUGUCUCUUGUGUACUUGUAUCAAAUCGAUCGAUAGCUCGUCUUGUCGCCAAAAUAGAAAACUUUCUUGACCAAACUACAGCUGUUUUACUAUGCGGGAC